AUGCUAUCACGUAGCGCAAUUCGAGCUGCUACUCAAAGCUCUCACCUUCCGGGCGCAGCUCGCGCCGCGAGCCUCGCUGCGACCGGCAAAGCUCAGGCUGUAGCUCCAUGCACCAGCAGUAGCUCCACACUCCCCAUCCACGGCCGCCGGUACAUCUCCAUGUACGGCUACACACAAGCCAAGGCCCUAGUAUACUCCAAAUAUGGUGAGCCGAAGGAUGUUCUCAGUCUGCACAAACACUCCAUCUCCGCACCCCACGGCACCCAGGUGAACCUACGCCUCCUCGCCGCACCCAUGAACCCAGCCGACGUCAACCAAAUCCAAGGCGUAUACCCCAGCAAGCCACCCUUCGAGACCUCCCUGGGCACCGCCGAGCCUGCCGCCGUCGGCGGAAACGAAGGUGCCUUCGAGGUAAUCUCCACGGGCGCGGGAGUCAAGAAUCUUUCCAAGGGAGACUGGGUGAUUAUGAAGCGCACGGGUCAGGGUACCUGGCGGACGCACGCUCAACUCGACGAAUCCCAGCUCAUCCGCAUCGAGAACAAGGACGGACUCACCCCGUUGCAGGUUGGUACCGUUAGCGUGAACCCGGUGACUGCGUACCGGAUGAUCCGGGAUUUCUGCGAGUGGGAUUGGAUGCGUGCUGGGGAGGAGUGGCUUAUUCAGAAUGGUGCGAAUAGCGGUGUUGGACGUGCGGCUAUCCAGCUUUGUCGGGAGUGGGGGAUUAAAUCUUUGAAUGUGGUUCGGGGCCGGAAGACGCCCGAGGAGACCGAGGCGUUGAAGCAGGAGCUUAAGGAUUUGGGUGCUACCGCCGUUGUGACGGAGGAAGAGAUGUUGACGGGUGGAUUUAGGGAUAUGGUUCAUGAGUUUACGCGUCAGGGCCGUGAGCCUAUUCGGCUGGCGCUGAACUGUGUUGGUGGUAAGAAUGCCACGGCGUUGGCGAAGACUCUGGCGCCGGACUCGCAUAUGGUUACUUACGGUGCCAUGUCGAAACAGCCCGUGGCUCUGCCUUCGGGCUUGUUGAUCUUCAAGAACUUGACCUUUGAUGGGUUCUGGGUGAGCAAGUGGGGUGAUAAGAACCCGGCGCUGAAGGAGAACACGAUCAAGGACGUCUUGCAGUUGACUCGCUCUGGUCGGUUCAAGGACAUCCCCGUUGAUAACGUGGAGUGGAAAUGGGAGGCUGAGGGGGCGCAGCUUGCAGAGAGCGUCCAGGGUACUUUGGGAGGAUAUCGCAGUGGUAAGGGAGUGUUUACCUUUACUGGUGGCGAUGAGUAA